CUCAGCUCAAUCCGAAGCGGGAAAAGCGAAGAGAAAUUUAAUAUAUAAAAUUGUAAGCUUUGCUGCUCUGCUCAGCUUCUCCAGCAAUCUUCAUACUCUUUUCCUCUCUCUCUCUCUCUCUCUCUCUCUCGUCAUGGCUCGCAACAAGGAAACACUGCUUUUGUUGAUCGAUGUUGGCCCAUCAAUGCACAAUGCUGUGCCUGAGAUUGAAAAAGUUUGCUUUUCCUUGAUUCAAAAGAAGCUCAUUCACAGCAAGUACGAUGAAGUUGGAGUUAUCUUGUUUGGAACUCAAGACACAGAUAAUGAAUUGACAAAUGAAGUGGGUGGAUAUGAACAUGUGGUGGUUUUAAGAAAAAUUGGAGUGGUGGAUUUGGAUCUUCUUGAAACUUUACAGCCACUCUCUAGAGGAACUCAUUCUGGAGAUUUUCUUGAUGCUAUAAUUGUUGGAAUGGAUAUGUUGAUUAAGAAAUAUGGAGUGACAAACAAGGGAAAGAAACGACUUUGCCUCAUUACAAAUGCAAUAUGUCCAAUUAAACCUCCAAAUGAAGGAACUAAAGAUGAUCAGGUCACCAUAAUUGCUGAUCAAAUGAAUGCACAAGGCAUGAAAAUGGAAAGUAUAGUUGUCAGGGGAAAGCUCAUUGCAGAAGCAGAUAAGAGAAUAAUGGAAGAGAAUGAUCGCCUAUUAAAUAUAUUUUCAAACAGAACACGUGCAAAGCUGGUGCAUGUUGAAAGUCCAAUCUCAUUGCUUGGUGCAUUGAGAACUCGGAAUGUAAGCCCAGUUACAACAUUUAGGGGUGAUCUUGAAAUUAGCCCCAAACUGAAGAUUAAGAUAUGGGUUUACAAGAAAACAUCAGAGGAGAAGUUUCCCACUUUAAAAAGAUAUUCUGAUAAAGCUCCAUCAACUGAUAAAUUUGCUACACACGAAGUGAAGGUAGAUUUUGAGUACAAAAGGGUUGAAGAUCCUAGCAAAGUUGUUCCACCAGAACAAAGGAUAAAAGGUUAUCGUUAUGGACCCCAAGUGGUUCCUAUAUCAUCUGCUGAAUGGGAUGCUGUCAAGUUUAAGCCAGAAAAGAGUGUGAAGGUUCUAGGUUUUACUGAUGCUGGAAACAUUAUGCGCCACUAUUACAUGAAAGAUGCAAAUGUUUUCAUUCCUGAACCUGGAAAUACAAAGGCCAUUCUUGCUGCUUCUGCCCUGGCAAGAGCUAUGAAAGAAGCUAACAAGGUAGCAAUUUUGCGUUGUGUUUGGAGACAAGGACAGGGGAAUGUUGUUGUGGGGGUCUUGACACCAAAUAUUUCUAAUAGAGAUAACAUUCCUGAUUCAUUUUACUUCAAUGUACUUCCUUUUGCUGAGGAUGUUCGAGAAUUUCAGUUCCCCUCUUUUAGCAAUCUCCCAACUUCUAUGCAACCAACAGAACAACAACAAGAGGCAGCAGAUAGGUUUGUACAGAUGUUUGACCUUGCACCUUCUGAUAAAGAGGAGGCUCUUCUGCCUGAGUUUACACCGAAUCCCGUGCUGGAGCGUUUCCACCAUUAUCUUGAGUUGAAAUCAAAGCACCCAGAUGCAGCUGUACCUCCACUUGAUGAAACUCUUGCGAAGAUCACUGAACCUGAUCCAGAACUAAUUUCACAAAACAACUCUGUUCUUGAUGAAUUUCGUAUGCUCUUUAACCUCAAAGAAAAUCCAAAGCUGAAGAAAUCAGCUAGACGAUCAUUGCAAGAGAAACCAUCAGGAUCAAAUGACGGAAAGAACUAUGCCCUCUUACCCGCUCCCUCUGCCAAUCCUGAUACAAAUGAACAUAAAUCUUCCAUUAAGGUGGAGGAAAUUCGGAAUGCAACACCUAUACAAGAUUUUGAAGCCAUGAUUUCCCGCCGAGACAGUCCAAAAUGGGUUGACAAAGCUAUUACGGAUAUGAAAAAUAAGAUAUUCAAUUUAAUAGAGGACUCUCACAAUGGGGAUAACUAUCCUAAAACAGUGGAAUGUUUAGCUGCCCUUCGCAAGGGUUGUGUCCUUGAGCAAGAACCAAAACAAUUCAAUGAUUUCCUGCACCAUCUUUUCAAAUACUGCCAGGAGAAAAGACUCACCAGCUUUUGUGAAUUUCUUGCAUCCAAACAGAUCACCUUGAUAUCGAAGACAGAAGCCGUGGACAGUGAAGUUACUGAUGAGGAAGCUAGAAGUUUUGUGGCUAAAGCAGAGCCAAUGUUGGAGUGAAGACUUGGGUGCAUAGCUUUGCGUCUAUUGUCCAGUUUUCUGUUUUGUAUAGUGAAUUCUAUGUAUAUUAAUUUUAAGGAGCUGGCUCAAACGUGUCUUGCACAAAAGUUAGUUUUAGAAAUGUGGGGGGUUGAUUUGAACACACACUUCUACUACCAGUGGGGUUUCAUUACCUACGUUCUAACAUUGAUAACCAAACUUUAAUGCUUGUUAGUGUGAUAGACUAAUUAACUA